AUGCCGUUCGCGGCGUUGUUGUUACAGCUGGUGAUGGAGGAGGAGAAACAGCAAGAAGACCCCAUUCAACAAAGGUCAGCAAUUUCAGAAAAACUGUGUGGAAGAACUGAUAAUGAAAUUAAGAAUCACUGGCACUCCCACUUGAAGAAACACUUGAAGGACAAAAUACCAGCAUUAAACAACUUAGCUGAGACCAACCUUCCACUUUCUGGUGUCAUAGAAGCUUCAAAGUCAGUAGGCUCCAUGAACAUCGAUAUCCCAAUUUCACCACUCUCAUCCAUGGGUUGUUGCUCUUCGUCACAUGCAGCUGAUCCCGCUGUUCAAAUUGAUGAAUACAUGACCAUAGAGUCGAUUGGCUCAUCAGAAACAUUCGGAGAUCUUUCAAGCUUUUGGGCACAACCAUUUUCAAUGGAAGAUUUGUACAUGGAUGAUCUCCAAGCGACGUAUAUUGAUCCCGAACAAAUAGUUCAAAUUUGUCAAGUAUGGUACCAAGAACAUAUAAGUCCAUAUGGCUUUUAUGACGAUGCAUGCAGUGAUUUUUGGUUCAACCUUCAAAUUCCAGAAGAUGCAGAUGCAACCAAAGAGCCUGAUGUCCAUUUUUAA